AUGGCGACACAACCGACGGAGGCGCAAAUCGCCCACCAAGAGCUCAUUGACAGGCUCGACAUCCACUCCAUCCACAAGUCGUUCCGCAAUCCGCACUGGAAGCCCAACCAGCGGCGCAACAAGAACAUCAAGGCGAUCCUCGGCGAUGCCUCCCGGCGAGAAGCCGCAUCGGCCUCGAUAGCCGCUACUCCCUUGGACAACAACAGCGGGGCAGCAACACCGAUGGAUAUCGACGGCGGUAACAAUGCCACCAGCGACGACAAGAAUAACGACGGGCUGUCGACUAGCGGCACUUCCACACCGGUCAACGGCAACACCGCCCCUCCAAACCUCGCGCAGGCUUCGAGGAGUCUGUCGAAGCUCGUUCUCGAGAAAAGUCUCAAGCAGAACGGUGCCCCUGGGUUGGGUGGCACGAGUGGCUCGCAGGCGCCGAGCGCCACAUACACGAAUAUCGAGUCGGCGCCGAGUCUUGCGCACACGAAGCGCUAUUGCGACAUCACGGGGUUGCCGGCGCCAUAUCUGGAUCCCAAGAGCAGGCUUCGAUAUCACAACAGGGAAGUAUUUGGGUUCAUCCGGACCUUGCCUCAAGGUGUGGGCGAGCAGUACCUCGAGGCCCGCGGCGCGCAUACUGUGCUCAAAUGA